UUGAUAUGUUGAAAACAGUUUCAUUUGAUCACAUAGGCAACCAAGUUAGRAAAGAAGGCGCUUUAUUUUGACUUGCGCACAGGUCGCACAAGCAAGCAAUGAUCAUUAUGAUGGCGUUGUUUUAACGUUACCUGGAUGCUUCUUGAGCAACCCUGCUGCUUUUUACUUGUGGAUGGCGACUUCAGCUUUUCGGAAACACAUUGAAAAGUAACUUGACACUUGAUCAGUCAGCGCAAAUUUGGAUUAUAAUGACAAUAAAUUUGCAUUGACAGAGAAUGGAGUGUACUGAAUUAAUGCAUAAGGUAAUAAAUCCCAGGACAGCGGCAUCGUAGAGAUGGAGGAGCUUCCUGUCCCUCAGAACAUCAAGAUCAGCAACAUCACAUGUGACUCCUUCAAGAUUUGCUGGGACAUGGAGCCCCGUGUCAAGGAGCGCAUCACUCACUACUUCAUUGAUCUCAAUAAGAAGGAGAACAAGAACUCCAACAAGUUCAAACACAAGGAUGUCCCCACUAAGCUGGUGGCGAAGGCGGUUCCUCUGCCRAUGACGGUGAGGGGUCACUGGUUCCUCAGCCCGCGUACAGAGUACACUGUGGCCGUCCAGACAGCUUCCAAACAGACUGACGGAGACUACGCUGUGUCAGAGUGGAGCGAGAUCAUAGAGUUCACCACCGCCGAUUAUUCCACGGUACAUCUAACCCAACUGCUGGAGAAGGCUGAGGUCAUCGCAGGGAGGAUGCUGCGCUUCUCUGUGUUCUACAGGAACCAGAACAAAGAGUACUUUGACCAGGCCAGGGAGGUGCAUGGAAACCGCAUGCUGCCAGCUGUGAAGGACAACAGUGGAAGCCACGGCUCACCUAUCAGCGGAAAGCUGGAGGGCCUCUACUUCAGCUGCAACACAGAGUUCAACACAGGCAAGCCCCCCCAGGACUCCCCCUACGGCCGCACACGCUUUGAGAUCCAGGCUGAGACCCUGUUCAACCCCAAGACUAAUCUCUACUUUGGGGACUUCUACUGCAUGUAUACAGCUUACCACUACGUCAUACUGGUGCUGGCCCCACAGGGCUCGCCCGGCGAUGACUUCUGUAAGGCAAGGCUGCAAGCGCUCGACGUCACCAACAACCACUUCCUGACUUGCACGGUGGACGAGGAGGCGGGCGACGGGGCGCUGGUUUUCCGGCACGCCCAGGAUGUGAUCCUGGAGGUGAUCUACACAGAGCCCGUGGACCUGGCGCUGGGCACGGUGGCAGAGAUCAGCGGGCACCAGCUCAUGAGCCUGUCUACCGUCAACGCCAAGAAGGACCCCAGCUGCAAGACCUGCAACAUCAGCGUGGGACGCUAGUGGGAGACUGGACUGGACCUGUGCUACACACACAUGUAACCCCAACCUUUACACACCUCUAUAUCCACAAAGAACCACCCUCCCAAAAGAAGAACAGUGCAAAAGAGGGACCCAGACUGUGAAAGAAAUGUAACAACAGGGUGCGGUGCUAGAAUUCACAAUCCAAUAGCAUACACACACAAACAUACACAUAAACAAAACACAAAACACAUCAUCCAUAACCCUUUACAUCCUCAAAGGACCACCCUCCCAAAAAUGUGGAACUCUAUUCCAGCCUCCCGUCAACCCCAUGAGAAGAGAAACAAUGCAAAAGAGGGAGGAGCCCCAACUGAAAGAUCUACAGCUUAAGUGUGGGACCCUAACAACCCUUUGUCAGCAUCAUCCAAACCGGCUAGCCAACACUGGUCAAUUAACUGACUGAUCCCUUUAAAUGUUCUAACCAAACGUUCAUUGUUGCCUGCAUUUAUUCACACAGCUUUUCUCAUAGAUUUUCCCUCCUGUUGUUUUUCAAACAUCUCCUUCUCCCUUUGACCUUUUCUGUUCACUUCAGUCCAGGUAGACAGGUGGUUGUGUUCCUCUUUUUCUGUCUCUUCUGGAAGGUGUUAGUUUGGUUUCAUAUCAAACAGAUCCAAGUUACUCCAUACCUCCCUCCCUCUAUUGGCAGAGACUGGUACUAAUUUAGGGCUGCAUCAUCUUUAUGCCAAAGGUAACACAAAUGGAAAUAACUUGCUGUAGAAUAACAAUACUAAUGCAACAGCCACUAAAAAGCAAAUUAACUCUGAGAUCAACUUGGUAACUACUACUUGGUAGCCUUUAAGAGCAUGAUGCUGUCAACUGAAAUGUUAUGUUUUAUUUAUUCUAGUUAUAAGGAAACCAUAAACUGUGUUUAGCAAAGUAAAUGUGAAAAUAUUUAUUUUUUACUGAUAUAUAUAGAAACCAGAAGUGCACAAUGUCAAGAGAUCUGAUCAUAGUAAAGAUGGGCAUUUUGGGAUGAAAAACACAUUUGGCUGCAGGAGUAACUUUCCCUAUGCCAACAAUCACACAUUUUUUUCAAGGUAAUGUAUAACUUGAAUUGCCACAAUGCAUCAUGUCAACUAUUAACUAAAACAUAUCAUAGUACAAUGUGGGACUGAAAACGGAUUGACAUACACAAACAUUCUACAGGAUUGUCGGAUUGUAUAUUUGGAUGACAUAUCCUCCUUGCCAAGAUUGCACUUUUCAAAGUGCCACAUUUGAACAUAGUACACCACCUGUUAUACUGAGAAUAGUUUUGCGAGAUGAAAUUGCAAGUAACAAUAGUGUCAUAAAAUAGCUUAGAAAUUGAUAACAUGUAUCUAACAUCAACCGUGUUAUAUUUGUUCUCUUUGUUUCCUUAAAAUUAAACUGUUACACUCGCUACAUCAGUUGCAUAAAAUAUUAUAAUUCCAUCAGUUGCAUAAAAUAUCAUUCGUUAUCAUAAAUAACAAAGUACUUGUUAAGGGACAAAAAAUUGCUGGAUGUCACCCAGCAACUCUUGAAUCAUCUUGCCAUCACUCUUAACCAAAGUGAGAGUCAGUCAACAUCAAAGUAAUUUAAAGUGCAUCACCAUGUAACCAUGGCAUG